ACCACAUUCCACCGUUGGACUCAGCCCAUACAAAAAACGUUAACCUGGUAUAUCCGAUAUGACGCCUGAUCUAUAUGGUAGCCAGAAGAAGUCGGAUCUUCCUAUCUUCAAUCGACUUACACCUAGGAAGCAUAACCGGCGAAUAAUCAUCAAACGAACAUUUUAUUCACUAAUAGCCUUACUUUUCCUUUAUACCAUAUACUCCCGAUUUAUUGCUGGCUCAGGAAGCAAUCUUGCGCCUCCACAAGUGGCGAAUGAACAACCAGUAACUCCACCCCCUGAUCAUGAACUAUAUAAAGUGACCAAAGACGGAGUAUAUAAACAAACCAUUCUGGACUCUCCCGAUGCUGAUUUAAGCGAUUUAAUGCAGACUGAGGAAUUAUACAAGGAAAACAUUGAUAUGUAUGAUUUAAACGACUAUCAAGGAUCCAAGGAUGGAGGUAACAAAGGAGACGUUGUGCUAUUCCUUAUGCCAUUGCGUAAUGCUGAACACGUGUUGCCUAUGGCUUUUUACAACCUUAUGAACUUGACUUAUGAUCAUUCCUUAAUUGAUAUUGCAUUUUUGGUUUCCGAUUGUUCACCUAAUGACCGUACUUUAGAAACAGUGUUUGAAUAUAGUGUGGCAUUACAAAAUGGAACUUUGGUAGAUUUGUUGAAGAAGGAAGAAGAAGCUAAACAUUCGGCUCAAGUUCGAGGAACUAAUGAUUUGUACCAACAAUACAUGGACCCAACAUAUAUGGAAAGUGUACGCAAGGCAUAUAGUAACCCUGAACAUCACCCACAUUACCGGGCCCCAUUCCGGUCAGUUUCCAUUUUCAAGAAAGAUUUUGGGCAAAUUAUAGGACAAGGGUUCAGUGAUCGUCACGCAGUGAAAGUUCAAGGAAUUAGAAGAAAAUUGAUGGGAAGAGCAAGAAACUGGUUAACUUCAAGUGCAUUAAAGCCAUACCAUUCCUGGGUUUAUUGGAGAGAUGUCGAUAUUGAAACCUGUCCUGGAAAUGUUAUUGAAGAAUUGAUGUCCCAUGAUUACGAUGUUAUGGUUCCAAAUGUUUGGCGUCCAUUGCCUACCUUCUUGGGCAAUGAACAACCAUACGAUUUAAAUUCAUGGAUCGAAUCCGAUGCGGCAUUAGAUUUAGCCAAGACGUUACAAGAAGAUGAUGUUAUUGUUGAAGGCUAUGCUGAAUAUCCAACUUGGAGAGCCCAUUUAGCGUACAUUAGAGAUCCUAAUGGCAAUCCUCGAGAAAUAAUAGAUUUAGAUGGGGUAGGAGGGGUUUCGAUUUUAGCUAGAGCAAAGAUUUUCCGACAAGGGGUCCAUUUCCCAGCAUUUACGUUUUUAAAUCACGCGGAAACGGAAGCAUUUGGUAAGAUGGCCAAGAAAAUGGGGUUCAGAGUAGGUGGCUUGCCUCAUUAUACUAUUUGGCAUAUUUACGAACCGAGCGAAGAUGAUUUGAGUAAGAUUGCAAAGAUGGAACGGAAAAAGAGAAGAAGAAAGGGAAGAUCGUAGUGAACCUUUUGUAAGUUAUUGUAUAAUUCAAAAAUAAACUUUUUAAUAGAAACAAAGUGAUUCUG